AUGUUCUCUGGUUGGUGUUUUACAACAAACUCAUCAUAUCAUGCUGGUGGAAGGAUAAUAAUAGCAUGGAAGGCAGGUAGCUUCCAUAUAAACAUAAUAUCUGCAUUUAGUCAAUAUAUUCAUUGUUUUGUUCAACCCAUAAGUGGUAGAGCUGGUUUCUUUUGCACAUUUAUCUAUGCUUUUAAUGAAAGUAAAAGCAGGGAGAUAUUAUGGGAGGAUUUGAGGAAGCUGUAUACUCAAGAAGCUUGGAUUAUAUGUGGUGAUUUGAAUUGUGUUUUGAACCCAGAGGAAAGAAUUGGGUCUUUGGUAAGAGAAAAUGAGAUAAGGGAUAUCAGAGUAUGUAUGAAUGCAUGUGAAUUGACUGACAUCAAGAGUGUGGGCAAUAUGUUCACAUGGAACAAUAAACAAGAAGGCAGCAGAAGAGUUUACUCUAAAUUGGGUAGAGUGAUGGCUAACUCCAGAUGGCAGGACAUCUAUAGUUCAGCUGAGGUUUGUUUUCAAAAUGAAGGUGAAUUUGAUCAUUCACCUGCAUUAAUUACUGUGUAUCCAAGAGACAACACUAGAGUGAAGCCUUUCAGGUACUUCACAAUGUUGAAAAGUUCUCCACAGUUCAUGGAUAUAGUGAAGAAGGGUUGGAGCACAACUGUUCAAGGCACUAAGAUGUAUGUAGUGUUGCAGAAAUUAAAAGCUGUGAAAAAAGGUUUAAAGGAGUUGGAUAGAACGGGGUUUGCAGAGAUUCAGGUAGCAGAGGUAGCAGCUUACAAUAAGAUGAUGGUUGCUCAAAAUUUGAUGCAUCAACAUCCAGGAUAUACAAGAUGGGUUGAUGAUGCUAAGGAAGUUACUGAGGCUUUAUUGACAUACUAUAAAGAUCUGCUUGGUACAUCAGAAAUCAGGAGCUCAGUUUCACCUUUGGUUAUGAAAUGUGGGCCUGUGCUCACAGAUGCUCACAAAUGUUUACUAGAAGCGCCAUACACAGUAGAGGAAAUAAAGCAUGCUCUCUUAUCCAUACCAGGGAGCAAAGCUCCUGGUCCUGAUGGAUUUAGUUCCUCUUUCGAUAGAGAUUCAUGGGAUAUAGUUGGUGAAGAAGUGGUAAUGGUUGUCCUAGAUAUAUUACAAAGUGGGAAACUACUGAAGGAGCUAAAUACCACCACCAUCACACUCAUUCCUAAGGUCAAGUGCCCUAAGAGUGUGAAGGAAUUCAGGCCCAUUUCCUGUUGCAACACAAUUUAUAAAUGUGUUACAAAGGUUCUUUGUGGGAGGUUGAGGCAAAUUUUGCCAAACAUAAUAAUGGAGAACCAGGGAGGUUUUGUUCAUGGAAGAUACAUAGCUCAUAAUAUCAUGGUGGUUCGGGAUUUGGUGAAAAAUUAUGGGAGGAAGAAGGCUUCACCAAGCUGCAUACUGAAAAUAGACAUUCAAAAAGUAUAUGAUACAAUGAAUUGGGAGUUCUUGAAGGAAAUGAUCACUCGUCUGCAAUUCCCAGUUGGUUUCAUACAGUUAGUCAUGGAAUGUUAUUAUGCUUCACUUUACCUAUUAUUGGGGGCUUUUAAGUUGUUCUCUAAUACAUCUGGUUUAAAAGCAAAUGUGCAAAAAUCAGCAAUGUAUACAUGUGGAAUGAAGGAACAGGAUGUUCAAAGGAUCAUUGAUGCAUCAGGUUUUGAAAGGAGUACAUUACCUUUCAAAUAUCUAGGUGUUCCUAUUUGUUCUAAGAAAAUUUCUACUGCACAGUGUGAAGUAUUGACAGAUAAGAUCACUGCAAGAAUUCGAAUGUCGAGUACCAGGCACCUCUCAUACAUGGCUAGAUGUCAGUUGAUUAACUCAGUCUUGCUCAGUUACAUGUAUACUGGGCACAAGUGUUUCUUCUUCCACAAAGAACACUCAAGGAUGUUGUUAAAGCUUGUAGAGCUUUCCUCCGGAGUGGGCAGCAUUUCAGUAGUAAACCUGGGUCAAUAG